CCUGAGCGAAUAAUUCUAUUCUUGGUACCUGCAAAAAAUGUAUUCAUUAUUGCAAAAGAAUCGAAGAUUCAACAGGUAUUAGAAGUGCCGCAAUUAAAAUAACGACGCUUCCUUCAUCACCCACACAUUUGCUGAAAUCUAUCGAGCGAUGAAGAAUCCAUGAAAAUCAGUGAAACGCAUUUACGCGGGAAAGCUUUGCGGUUCUUAGGUCCGCUACAUGAAUGCCAACGAUGGGGUGUCUUCAAAUUUGGAAAGUUCAAGCCAAGAUCAAAAAGACAAGAAAGAAAAUGUCGAGAAUGAGAUUGAAAAAUCCAAAGCGGAAGUGGUGGUAGACACCGAUGCAACUAAUUGUGAUAUUAAACCUCUCGAAGAGGCCGACUGUUCGGAGAAUAAAACCGAAUCGUCCUUAGAACUGCCACCAACACUUCACGAACGAUUUUUGCGUAUCAAGCAAACCGUGAAGGACGCUAUAGCUGCCCAUCAUACUUUUAUGAUUUAUGGCAAGUCACGGGUCAUACGCGAUUGCAUGUUGAAAAGAGGAUGGUGUGAGAAAUUUUAUCGCAGAAACAGCGGCGGCGAUCAGCAUUUCAGCGUCGAUUCCAGCCCGGUAAUUCUGCUGGCUGGCAUGGGCAAUCUGAGAGAUCAGCAAAGCGAACGCUUAUUAAUGUCCAGAAUGCUUACCAAUCAUACCGUCGAUUUUUUGUGGAACACGGGAUCCGACUGGCCUGGCUGGCCCGCGCAAGAUAAUAAAACUACUGUGUUCAAUCGAUACUGUCGCGCUGGUUUUACGUCCAAGGUGGGCUUGUGUUCAAGCGUCAGACAAAUGCAUUGGUAUUACGAAGCUGAAGUGGCUAACACUCUAUUUCCGCGUUGCUACAACAUAUAUCAGGGCGAUCAGAUGCACGCCUUCAUCGAUGACUUCCGACUCACGGGUUGUUUGAGCUUGUUGAAAUGGUUAGUGGAUAAGGUAAAUGCUGAGGACGAAGAUGCCGUGCGUUCACCAACUGGCACGAUACCUCUCAAAGCUCUCGAUUUCGCGAUCAAAAGAUGCAGCGACUACAUCAGUGCUCAGUCACACGAGGACAUCGAUCAGGAGGUUGAGAGAGUCUGGUCUCAUCAGUGGGACCAAUUUAUUAGCUGGUACUACCAGAUCAUUCGUGAUCAAGCUCUCUUCGUUCACACCAACGUGCCUUUUAACAAAUACGUUCUGGCCUCAAAACACAUAUUAAAAAAAAUGCGGAAGUACUGGCCGCAAAUAGAUAUGGAUGGCAUAACGAACGUGUGGAUCCUGAAACCUGGAAACAAGAGCCGAGGACGAGGUAUUACGCUGAUGAACAAACUGGAGGACGUGGUGGCAAAAGUAAAUCCAACAGGCAAACCGGACGCCCGAUACGUCGUGCAGAAAUACAUUGAACGGCCGUUACUGAUUUACAACACCAAAUUCGACAUAAGGCAAUGGUUUAUCGUGACGUGCGCUCAACCUUUAACUCUCUGGAUGUACAGAGAGAGCUACCUUCGUUUCUGCUCCCAAAAGUUCAGCCUGGACGAUUUCCACGAGUCGAUUCAUCUGUGCAAUCACGCGAUCCAAUGCAAAUACAAUAACUGCGGCGACAGGGACCCUGCCCUACCAGCAGACAAUAUGUGGGAUGCCACGACAUUCAAGGAGUUCCUCAAAUCUCAAGGUCAUGGUAACGCGUGGGAUGAGCUAAUCUAUCCUGGAAUGAAGCAAGGUCUGGUGGGUUCGUUAUUGGCUAGUCAAGAAGCCAUGGAUCGACGGAAAAACAGUUUCGAACUAUACGGCGCCGACUUUAUGGUCAUGGAGGACCUUUCUGUGUGGCUAAUCGAAAUCAACAGCCAUCCAGACAUGAGUUACUCCACGAGUGUCACCACGCGAUUAUGUCGACAGGUGAUGGAAGAUACUAUCAAAGUCGUGGUAGAUUUUCGAGAAGAUAAAAACGCGGACACCGGAGACUUUGAGUUAGCAUACAAGCAACGAAUGCCAAAUUGUCAGCCAUACUUGGGCGCGGCUCUGUCUCUUCAGGGCACUCGUAUCACCACUUGCGAGAAGAAAUCAAGUCUAAAUCAGGAUUCAAAAGCCAGUCUAGUCGCAAGAUCUCCGAUGACAAAAAAGAAGUCGAUAGUGCACAGCAGCAUUGGACCAGUAAUCGUUGAUCUCAUAGAAGAAUUAGAGAUCCAGCUUGAUCAAGAGUUAUACUCUUAUUACAACACGGAUUCGCCCAAGUUGAGACCAGCACUUCCGGCGACUGCGCCAGCAAAGCCUACAAAGACGACAGUUUCUGAAAAAGUGGAAACUAUAACAAAAAGUACAUCAGCGAAUACAGCGUCUAUCAACAAAGCAAAGUCAUUAGUUUCGUCCAGACCUAAUAUUCAGAGUAAAUCAUCGAAUAUCGGAAAAAAUUCUUCGCAAAAACCGGCACGAAAGUUACGUACACUUGCUGGUACUGGGAGCAGCAAAUCGGAUACAUCUCCAAUGAAACAGACGUUGAUCUCGAAGAUCAUGGCUCUUCAAGAGCAAUCGACGAAUAUAGCGCCUAAGUCUGAGAAACCAUCGAGGAAAAAUGAAGAAAAGAUCAUCAAGACCGCGAUGCGAGAUGCUGUGAAGAAGUACAAGAGAAACGCGACGAUUUCGUCGGAAGUAUCGCCACUGCCAUCCCUAUUUACGCCAAGACCGAAAGUCACCACCGCGUCGACGACUAAAAGCAAGACUCGCAACUUGCCGAAGAAACAAGCGCAUCACAAGAAAAAUAAAGUUUUAGGGGACAUCGCUGAAAUGUAUGCUGUCGGUUUGAAUGGCUUAGGACAAAUUGAAAAAUUACUGCAGAUUGCCGCAGAUUUUAUAUGGUAUACAAAUAAGAGACCCAUUAUACGAGUGGAGGACAAGACUAUCGUGAAUAAAUUCGCUGGUAGCUACUUCACGUCAAAACCGGCACAAAUGGAGGAGUUCAUACAGGAUUAUUACAUCACUGCGUGUUUCGGGAUAUUAAAGUGGUUUAUACUGCUUUCCAAUUUGGUAGGACCGAAAAACAUUUGGUCUCCGAAUGGAACAAUACCCAUAACUGCAAUUUCUUUCGCCUUAGAACGUUGUAUUGAAUAUCUAAGUAUUCAAACACACGAGAAUAUAGACCGUGAAGACCAUAAACAUACACCUCUGUCUGUCUGGAAUCAAUUUUUAGAUUGGUUUCACAAAAUAAUAUACGAGCGUGUUUUAUUGAAAACAAGUGAUACGGUUGAUAUAGAUGAACUCGUAACACUAGUGCGCAAUGUAAUGAGAACAAUGAUCAAAUAUCGACCGCAAAGUAAUAUCGAUGGUAUGCGAAAUAUUUGGAUUUUAAAACCGGGCGACGACAGUUCAGGACGUGGAAUUGUUUUAAAGAAUUCCUUGGUCGAUAUUCUCGCCAAAAUAAAUCAGGCAACAAAAGAAAAUACCGAGUACGUUGUACAAAAAUAUAUAGAGCGACCGUUACUUGUUCAUAAAACAAAAAUAGAUAUCAGGCAGUGGUUCUUGAUAACUUGUACGCAACCGCUUGUUGUGUGGAUGUAUAAGGAUAUCUUAAUACGAUUCGCGUCGAAGGAUUUCACUCUUAGCGAUCUUCACGAGUCCAUUCACUUGUGCAACACGACUAUACAGUUAAAGUACCGGAAGUUACCGAGAUGCAAUCCCAAUUUACCCACGGAGCUUCACUGGAAUCUGCAAGACUUCAAAAAUUAUCUUCAAUCGCGCGAUCAAGAAUUAGCUUGGGAACAAAUCAUCAGACCGGGGAUAAAACAAAAUUUGAUCGGAGCGCUGCUCGCGUCUCAAGAUAAUAUGGUAAAUCGUAAAAACAGUUUUCAAUUGUACGGUGCAGAUUUCGUAGUGGCGGAUAAUUUUUCCGUGUGGCUAUUAGAAAUAAAUACAAAUCCACGAUUGCAUCCGCCAAGCAGUAAAGUUACCGCAAAAUUGUAUCCAGAAGUAAUAGAAGAUGCAAUGAAAGUGGUUUUAGACCGGCGUAAAAAUAGAAAAGCUCCUCGCGGAGGAUUUGAAUGUAUUUACAAGCAACGCAAUCCGUUUUGCGGCGUCAAUAUUUUGGGACAAGGCACAAGUCUCGGCAUUCGUGGCAAGAGUUUAUUUGUGACGUCAAAAUCACCACGGAAGCACUGACUCGAGUAACAUGACUGUAUAAAAUAGUACUGUCAAAAUGCGCUUCUCCGAAAACCUAUUUCAAGAAUUGUUUCAAUUUCGAUCAUAAUCCGCUCAAUUUCCUAAUGCAAGCAAUUUCGUAUUAGCAUAUAAACAAAGCGUCAUAAAUCGCCAGCUAUGUACGUUGAAAAAACACAAAUGUGCUUCUCAAUUUAAAAUGUGUUCCUUCAACACAUGAUAUCGUAUAACGCAUGAUAUUUAUAAGAGUAAUCAAAGAGCGAAAAUAUUAAAAACAUGUUUAUUUUACAAAUAACAAUGCGGUGAGUAUACAACCUUAUACGGAUAAAUGUUGUUCUUUUCACAGAAAAAUGCGUACACAUAAUUAUACGAUUAACGCAAGUAAAAUUGCCACUUCCAUGCAUGCAUACAUUGUUCACGUACAAAAUCACUUAAUUUUUUAGUGUCUCAAAUUUCUAUGUUAUAUUUUAAAUUUGAUUUUCUAUUGUAAAAUACUGAUUCAUUGCUAUGUCGCAGAAUAAAUAUAUUCUGCAUCAGAUUUUACACAUGAGUACGGAUGUGUAUAAUCGAAUAACGCAAUUGUAAAAAUUCGCCGCACUGUCACGAAAUCCUUUAUCAUACGUUAUAUUUUAAAGAUAGUCAUAAAACAGAUAACAUUAAAAGAAGGGAAGUAAUGCUCGUGUCUUCUGUAACAAAUCCUGUUCAGCCAAUUUAACAGUAAGAAAAAUUAAAUCUAUUAUUAUUGCGACGCAAAUAAUUUUCUAUAAUUCAUUUGUAUACGAGUUAUCACUGAAAUAAAAUCAUUUCUACAUAUGAUUCAAUACGUUAUAUAUGAUUCAUUUCGCUGAAAUAAAAUCAUUACGAUUUCUGUAUAUUAAGAUGAUAAAGAGAACCAACAAUAUAUGAACUGUAUAUGUAUUAAUCACGGAACACAUCUAAGUUUGGGCUAGAGUACACUUACAUCAG